AUGGCCAGAUUUGCUAUGGACAAAAUGGCCAGCAAGCUACUGGGCGAAAUGACCAGAAAGCUACUGGCCAAAAUGGCUAGAAUGCUGGCGAGAACUCUGUACAAGAAAAUAGGGAUGAGGUCUACGGAUAAUGUGAGUUCAGAUGAUCUGGAUCUAUGUUCUAGUGAUGGAGGCAUUCAACAAUUGCAAGUUCUAAUCAAAGAGUUGAAUGCAAAAGAAGACAAAGUUGAAGAUGAGUUAUCUACUAGAGCUUGUCUCCCACAAAAAUGCACUUCAAGCAACAAUCAUAUUAUCAAUAAUUUUUUCUUGCAAUAUGAAAACAUUACAUCAGAGCUUCUUAAUGUACUAAGAAAAGUUAGAGAUAAGAUCCAAAGGGACAUCAAUUUCAAGAGAAAAUAA